UUGUCUGCAGUCAAAGAUGGCGGUACGGAAGAAAGACGGCGGCCCGAAUGUCAAAUAUUUCGAAGCGUCUGAUACAGUCUCUCAGUUUGAUAAUGUGCGCGUCUGGCUGGGAAAGAAUUACAAAAAGUACAUCCAAGCAGAGCCCCCAACCAACAAGUCUCUGUCCAGUCUUGUUGUCCAGUUGCUCCAAUUCCAAGAGGAAGUGUUCGGCCGACAUGUCAGCAACCCCCCGCUCACCAAGCUGACUAUGAAAUCUUUUCUGGACUUCAAGGCUGGAGGUGCUCUUUGCCACAUCUUGGCGGCUGCCUACAAGUUCAAGAGUGACCAAGGAUGGCGCAGGUUUGACUUCCAGAAUCCAUCCAGGAUGGACCGAAACGUGGAGAUGUUCAUGACGAUUGAAAAGUCCUUAGUGCAGAAUAACUGCUUGAGUCGACCAGUCAUCUACUUGAGUUCUGACAUCGAGGCAAAACUGUUGGGGAAGCUGAAAGACAUCAUCAAGAGACAUCAGGGCUCAGUGACUGAUGACAAAAGCUCCAGCUCCCAUGUUGUUGUUCCGAUUCCCAGCAGCUUGGAAGAAGAGGAGUGGGUACGCCCUGUGAUGAAGAAGGAUAAGCAAGUACUCCUUCAUUGGGGAUAUUUUCCUGACAGUUAUGACACCUGGAUCCCAGCUAGUGAGAUUGAGGCCUCUGUGGAAGAUGCCCCCAGCCAAGAGAAGCCAAGGAAGGUCCAUGCAAAGUGGAUUUUAGACUUGGACCAGUAUAACGAGUGGAUGAAUGAGGAGGACUACGAAGUGGGAGAAGGCCACCCUAAGAGGAAGAGGAUAUCGGCCAAGACUCUUACGGACGAGGUGACCACUCCUGACGAGCGGAGAGACAAGAAGCCCGUCGGUGCCAAGAAGAGGAAGCGUUCACCGUCACCGUCUCCCACACCACCACCGCAGGAAAGCAAGAAGAAGAACGCUAAAAAAGGGCCGACAACCCCGUACACUAAAUCCAAACGGGGCCAGAGGGAAGAGGAACAAGAGGAUCUCAGUAAGGACUUGGAUGACGCAUCACCUGUUCCUGCAUCUGAAGACGGAAAUGCAGUCAAAACGAAUAGCACCAAGAAAGACUCUGAUUCAACACCAGUCAAGGGAGGAGCAGAUAUGGAUGAGCAAGAGGAUGAGUCCAUGGAAGUAACGGGAAAGGAAGAGGAAGAGGGCUCCCCGAGUGUUAAGGGGGAACCGGUCAAAGGCUUGGACCUUCACGAGGACAACGUGACGGAACAGACGCAUCACAUCAUCAUACCAAGCUACGCUGCCUGGUUUGAUUACAACAGCGUUCAUGCUAUUGAGCGUAGAGCCCUUCCAGAGUUCUUCAAUGGGAAGAAUAAAUCUAAAACCCCUGAGAUCUACCUGGCAUACAGGAACUUCAUGAUUGACACUUACCGACUAAACCCUCAGGAGUACCUCACCUCCACCGCCUGCCGCAGGAACCUGGCUGGAGAUGUAUGCGCAAUCAUGAGAGUCCAUGCAUUCCUAGAGCAGUGGGGACUGAUCAACUACCAGGUGGACUCUGAGAGCCGGCCCACCCCCAUGGGCCCCCCACCCACUUCCCACUUCCAUGUCCUGGCAGACACUCCAUCCAGUCUUGUGCCCUUACAGCCCAAGACGUCCCAGACUCCCACACCCCAGCAGAUGUUGCCCUUCCCAGAUAAAGUGAAGGAUAAACCAGCAGACCUGCAGAACUUUGGCUUACGGACUGAUAUGUACAGCAAAAAGUUGGGCUCUUCGAAGAGCAAGAGUGCAGCAAACUCUAUGAGGGAUUGGACAGAGCAAGAAACACUACUACUACUUGAGGGAUUGGAGCUGUACAAGGACGACUGGAACAAGGUGUCAGAGCACGUCGGCAGCCGCACGCAGGACGAGUGUAUCCUGCACUUCCUUCGCCUGCCCAUAGAAGACCCCUAUCUGGAGGAAAGCUACUCCUCCCUGGGACCACUGGCUUACCAGCCGGUGCCUUUCAGCCAAGCAGGAAACCCCGUAAUGAGCACAGUGGCAUUCCUUGCCUCCGUCGUGGACCCCCGCGUGGCCUCUGCAGCUGCGAAAUCUGCUCUGGUCUGGUUUGGUGCUGCUACAAUAAAGGACAAACUCCGACUGCAACGGACAAUCAAAACUGCUGAAAGGAUUGUCGGUACCUCCCUAUCCACCCUCGAGGACUUGCACGCUGCCAGAACUAAGAUAAGAGCGUGCAAAAUCCUCUCGGACCCUCCAAAUCCCGGUCACCAGCUCUUCCAACUCCUUCCCUCAGAGGAGUUUUCUCGUAUGAAAGAGGAAGUUCCUGCGGCCCUAGUUGAGGCUCACGUGCGGCGGGUGGAGGAGGCGGCGAGGGUCAGUGGGCGACAGGACCCUCUAUAUGGCCUAGAAGGUAGCGGCAUCGCUGGUACUGGCCUGGAGGAAGGCGAGAGACCGGAUGAAAACAAUGAUGAAAGUAAGAGUGACAGCCAGUCCAAUGAGGAGAAGAAGGAUGCCAAGGACUGCAAAGAUGGCGCAAGCGAGGAAGAAGAGAAGGUUGCAGAGAAUGGGAAGAAAGAAGAGGAAAGAGGAAGAGAAGCUGAAGGCGAGAGGGAGGCGGAAAAAGCCGAGUCUGAAAUGGGUGACGGCGUGAAGGAAAAGGAUGGAAAAAGAGGUGAGGAAGGGCAUAGAGAAGGUGAGAGUGAAGGAGAAAAGAAGGCCAAGGUCGAGCGGGAUGUGGGUGAGGGCAACCUUGCCACUGCUGCUGCGUCUGCGCUCGCUGCAGCAGCCGUCAAAGCUAAGCACUUGGCUGCCGUGGAGGAGAGGAAGAUCAAAUCUCUGGUGGCACUCCUGGUGGAGACUCAAAUGAAGAAACUAGAGAUCAAAUUGCGACACUUUGAGGAACUGGAAACCAUCAUGGACAGAGAGAGGGAGGCUCUAGAGUACCAGCGACAGCAGCUUCUGGCCGACCGUCAGUCGUUCCACAUGGAGCAGCUCAAGUACGCCGAGAUGAGAGCUCGCCAGCAGCACUUCCAGCAGAUCCAGCAUCAGCAGCACAGCCAAGCCGGGGGUCCUCAUCCCCCCCAGACCGCUUUGGGCUCCCAAGGCUCGGCCUCGGGCCAGCAAUCCGCCAGCACGCCGGCGCCGCAGCCAUCCCCCAGCGCCACGGGGCCGGGUCCGGAGUCUCAACCGCCUCCGGGUGCCCACACGUCACCCCCGUGUCCCCCAGGCCAGACCGUGUCUGGCCACUCCAGCUCCAGCAGUGCCCCUGCACUCCACGAAUCCAACACUCCUGUACCAGCCGAAACAGUCCAUCCCUCUGCUUCAGUUCCACCUUCACAGUGAGAGAUGAAGAAUUGCCUGAUGAAUGACACUGACCACUUUCAAUACGGCCGCUAGUAUCUCAAAAAAAAAAAAAAAAAACAUUUUCAGUUUUCUUGUCGAACAGACAAUUGAUGUGAGGGACAAAAUUAAAAAAGGAGACCAACACUUGACAAGAAUGAUAAAUUCAGAUGAAUAAUUUACUGUUGGUUGUCACACUACAUGAUUUUACAUUUCUGGAGAACUAUGAGGGUCUUAACGUUUGUGCUGGAGGAAGAGAAGAGUCAUCUUGUGGCUUUUAUUUUCUACACCAGUCCAUAGCAGCUAAUUCAGUCUCAAGUCUUAUGGAUGACUCCCGAGUUCCCCCUUUGGUACUAAUUGACAUAUACAGUAUGUAAGAAAAAAAAUGCACUUUUAAUCUUUCCUUGGGUCUCAUUUUAAGACUUGAAGCAUCCAUGAAAUUGAACUUAAGCACUUAUAUAACUCUUUUGCUGUCUUAAAUACCUUUUCAUAUUAAAGAAUUGAUUGGAACUCUCCUCUCAAUUAGGUGGACACUGAUGGACACAUUUUCAUAAAUAUGUUACAUGAACAUUGUCUGGAUGCCAUUUGAAACAAUGUACUGUAUAGGGGAUAUUCUGUUACAAUUCCCAUGUAUUAGUAUGAGAACUGAUUGCAAAUACUGACAAUGUGUCCUCCAGUACUUCCUGGAGACAAGAAAAACAUUUACCUUUUCAAGUACUUUAAUAAUAACGUUCCAGCACUUGGAGAGUAAAAAUUAUAUACCGAGGAACUUGAGAUGGUGUGAGGAAUGUAGUGCUGUCUGAAAGGAAUGACAGAAGCAGCAACUGCAAAUUUUGUCAUCAUUUGUGUCUAUUGCUAAACCAAAACGUUUUUUUUUAAAUCAUGUUAUCUCACACUUAUUCAGUGAGUUUUAAUUGUUGUUGUAUGGGAAAUGAAGAGGAUUGGCCGGUUCAUUUGAAGUUACAUAAUGAAGAAGAAAAACAAAAGGCAAAGGAAAAUUGUCCUUUGGUAUCGGCAAUAAUAUCCUCACUUUUUAUCCUAUCAAUUUUUAUAUUUUAUAGUCUGUUUUUCCAUCAUCUUUCUUUGAUAUCAACAUUGUAACGGAAUAUUGUUAACUUUGUAACCUCUAGAUACCCUUUGUGUGAUUGUCAGAAUGUGUGUAAAGGCAUACCUUGAAGAUCUGGUGACUUUCUUACUACCAUGCAGUUUUAUUUCCAGUGCCAUUCUCUCUCUGUGUGUGUGUGUGUGUGUGUGUGUGUGUGUGUGUGUGUGUGUCGGCUGUGUGUCAUGAAGUAUAACCCUGUCAACAGGUGAACUUGUAUGUUUUGUCAGUAUUUCACAGCUCACCUGAGCUGUGAGUAAAGUUACCGACAUCUGUGUUAUGAGUACAUUACAUGGACUUUGUGAAAGGAAAUACCGCUUUUAUGCGUGUGUUCAGUUCCUGUCUGUUUACACUCUGCUGAAGGAAGCAGCUCUUGCAUUGGUUAUUACAAGAUGUCCAUAUGUCCUCAGUAACUCAUCAAUUUAAUGUGUGCUCAAUCUGGCAGUUUGGAUCUCAAAAUCUGAAGAGGUUUUAAUUACAUAAUGUUGAGGAAAAAAAAUAAAAGAAUGUAAAAAGCA